AUGGCUGUCAAUCCGGAGAAUAGCCAAGGCGAGCCUAGGGACGACUCGGCACCGUCCGCGGCCAGAGCAGAAACACCCACCUCCGUCGCCACGAAGCCACACGGUCUCGGACGUGGGUCAAGUACCGUAUAUGUCGAGCUCCUUGGCCAGGGCUCUACCCCGACUCCAUAUACUUCUAGCCCACCAUCACAUCCCCCCUUCUCUUCUCUCCCUACACUCGCUCCCUCAAGCAUGAUCCUAUUCGCGACGCUCCCCUUCUCGCUCCACGCGGCCACACUUCCACAAACCGACACUCAUGUCGUCCUAGAUGCCGCCACAGGCCAGUUUCGCUGCCGAUACUGUGACAAGGAGUUUGGGCGAGGAGAUGUAUGCCGCAAGCACAUGUUCCACUGCCUCAAAAAGGACACCGAGGCCGCCCUUCCCGAGCUUCGCCGCGGACGAAAGCCCCGAGCCUGCGCGGCCUGCUUCGCCAGCAAAGUGUCCUGCGACAAAAACCAUCCAUGCAGCCGCUGUCUCCUCCGGCAUCUCCCCUGCCACCCACGGGACGUCACCGACGAGGCUCUCCAGUCCGCCUCGCCAUCCGCGCCGGAGGGGUCGAAACAGUCCCACGGCUCGUCGCAGUCCGCCGGCAGCAGCACCAGCAGCAGCAACAGCCCGAGGAGCGCCAAAGGCCCCCGCGCGGAAGAGAGCAUGCGCUGGAUCAAGAACCUCAUCGACCCGCGCGCGACUUCGAUGCUGGAGAACAUGGCCAACGACACGAGCGGCAUGACGGAGCGCAUCCCGGACAUGAGCUUCCUGUCCGGCGGCGAGACGGCGACGGCGCAGUCGCAGUCGCACGCAUCCCCCGACGUGCCCGACCUGAUGGCGGCGCUCUACCCAUGGAGCUACGGCACCAUGCUCGACGACGCGCUCUUCAACUUUGACGACGCCGAUGACAUCAACAUGCUGUCCCUCUCCGACCACGACGACCUCGUCCCCUCUAUUCCGGGCUUCUCCGGCCCGUCCUCCUCCGAGGGCAUGCAGGACACGUCACUGCAGCUCGUCAACGCGCUUCACGAGCUGCAUGCCGAGCUCGCGGCCAGCGACGCCACCUACCACGAGCCAUUUGACGCGCGCGCCGUCGGCAGCGCCCUGUCCGCGAGCAACCUGCAGCGCUUCGCCGGCACCUUUUUCCGGCUCAGCCACGUGCACUUUCCCAUUGUGCACAUGGCCUCGUUCCGGUCGACGUCGUCGUGCGCGCUGCUGCUGAGCCUCGUGGUGCAGGGCGCCUUUCGCAGCCCGCCACUCGACGACGUCGUCGUCGUGCGCGGCCUGCUGCGCCUCGCCGAGGAGUAUGUCUUUCGCGCGCUGCACUGCGCCCUCGCCGCUGCCGCCACCGUCGGCACCACGCGCCUGCCCGCGACGCCCGCGCUCGAGGCCCUCCAGGCCGCGCUUGUCAUCGUCUACCUGCUCGUCAUCAACAAUAGCGUGUCGUCGAGGCGGCAGAGCCGCGUGCGUCGCAUCCCAGAGCUGGCGUGGGCGGUGCGCCACCUGGACCUCUUGAACGUGCGCCAUGUGCCCGGCGAGGACUGGCAGCUAUUCGUCUACCACGAAACCUGUAUCCGCGUCGCGACAUGGACGGCAGUAGCCGACUGGCACCAGUGCGGCAUGUUUCGAUGCAUGCCCGUCAUGGCUACCGUCGAACUCAACUGUAAUCAUCCAUGCUCGCCCGCCGUCUGGGAUGCCGCCGACGCCGCCGAAUUUGUUGUUGCCGUAGCCGACAGCAAGCGCAACUCGAAUACUCACCAGUCGCCGGCGUCCACCACCAGUUCCGCCUCGUCCUCUUCGGUCUCCGCGCAAUCCAAUAUCCGCGAAUUCAUCGACAUCCUCAUGGCCGACAACUGGAACCGCGUCGAGCAGUGCCCCCGCGACUCCUACAACAUCUACAACCUCACCACCGCCAUUGUUGAACACGCAGCUCUGAGCAACGUCGCAAUUACCGCCGACAUCAUGUCCAUGAUGCCUUUCACCGCGUCCGCGCUGCUACGCGCCCUGGCCCGCUGGCAGGAGCUUUGGGGCGACCUGACGAGAGAACUCGGCACGGCGGCACUAAUGAAGACUGGUAUGUCCAGGCACAGCAACGAAAUGUGCCACUUGACGCGCAAAAUUGUUGAAGCCAGUAUCAACAAGUCGAAGCAUCCGUUCUUCCAGAAAAUUGGCCACGAGACGGUGACAGAAUUGUAUAGUUUUGUCAUCGACUAA